CCAUUUUUACAUGGGUAAACACGAAACUGCGCCAUCGGAGAAAGUUUUUACUACGCUGCCUUUUAUUUACCUUGCAUUCGUAUUGCUUACAUAUGUUUUUACGUACGGUGCUCGGAUACAGAAGGCCACAAAUAAUCAAAGGUGUCAAUCGAUGCUCGGGGGCAGUUCGCGCGUUAUAGUUUUUCCUGAACGGCAACUAGCACAAGCUAGUUUUCAUCGAUAACAGACGUUUAAAAUAUCCCAAUUCCGCGCCGUUGAUGUCAGUCGAUGACAUUGAAGUCAUGCACGGUGAAUCAAUUACUCACCACGUUGAACUAAAGUUCGACAACGUCGAGAACUACAAGCCCGCGAUAAUCACAGGGACGAAUAACAAAACAAGACAUGCCCUGUUCAAGAAGGGAAGCCGAGGUGCGCGGUCGCCAGCGUCAAACAACCAGAACAGCAAUCAGCGUUCUCAGCAACAACAGCACCAAAAACACGGACUGCUCAGAAUUAGCAACCCUGUGCGUCUUGCAGACUUCAACAACAAUGCAGUAACGACACGACCAAAAUCCCCUGCACAACACAAUGCAGAAUUGGUGACGCAAACAAACAAACCCCAAGCAGCAUUAGCAAGUACCCACCAGCUCAAAGCGGCAUCUAAAAAGGAGCUGCUGAAAUCAAAGACUGGAAAACCGGAGCGCACGUCCUCAUCAUCCUCAUCAUCAUGUCUUCCGAGUAACCAGACCAGUCACCACCACCACCUCCACGGCCCCAUUAAGUGUGAGCAGCAGACCCAACAGAAUGUCCUCGGCAUCAGCCGUGCCCAGCAGAAGACCAGCAGCAGGCGCACCAGCGGCGCGGCCGGUCCUAAAGCAUCCUUAAAGAAGUCUGAGAACAGUCGACAAAAGCAGCUCCAGCAGCAGUCCGGUUGCCAAGAGGGGACUAAAACUCCUCUUGGUCCGGCGGCGGCUGCUGACAACAUCAGGUUUGCUGAUAACUUACACCAGCUCCCUGCUGCUUCUUGUGCGGUAGAGGAAGAAGAUGGCACUAAGGAUGGAGAGAAAGUGUACGCGGGGGCCAAGUUUAGCGAGCCACCGUCACCCAGUGUCCUUCCGAAGCCCCCUAGUCACUGGGUGGGGGAUGGCGUGCCUCGCUGUGGUGGCAGCGACGGGCGAGACCAAAUGACCUCCCAUUUAAAGUCUCUUUUGAAGGUGCUGGAUUAGCUAAGUAAAAAAUAUCUCUUACAGAUCCAGUGCGUAAUUUUGGUUAGUUUAUUUCCAAAAUACAUGCUGCACAUUCACAAAUUUGAUGUGAAAACUUUUUAAUGCAUAUUUACUACGUAAACUAAUAUUUACCAGAGUAGGCUCUGUAUCCAAGGAUGUCUGACAGGUCAUUCAAAAUGGCAGAUAUGUACAUAGUGUGGUUCCACAUAUUCAUGUAUGAGAAGUGUAAACUUCCAAGCUGUAAGAAAUACUUUGAAAUUGAUAAUGGUACUAAAUAUUUAUGAAAAAUCAGACAUCUGUUGAUGUGCAGCAUAAAUUCUGGAAAUAAACUACUAAAAUUUAAACAGCAGACCUUAACAAAUGUCCCUAUCUACUUGUGCUUUGAUUAUUCUUUUCCACAGGAAAAAUUGGCUCUUUGAAGAUUACUUAAUAUUGCUUGUUGUAACAGAACAUCCUGAAUUACUGGUCGUCUUAUUUUCAUUCCCUAACAAGUUACAUUGAAAGAGUAAUAAGAAUUUCUAAUGAAGUGCACAUUUCUUUACUAUGAACAUAAUAAUAUAUGUGUAUAUUUUUCAUGUUGUUUUAAAAGAGUAAAAUCUAGUUUUAUUGCAUAAACUUUGAAAUUUGACAAUGACAUUGCAAUCAGGUGUGCUUUCAAAAUGUGUAGCCCGAGGGGCAUACUUGCACAUACGAUGUUUUCUCUUAUUCAUUUGCACAUAAAAAAAUAAGAGAUUCCUGAAUGUUGGUGAGAAAUGGUUGACCUGGGCGGUAUUCAAAGAACAUGGUUUAUUGAUAAACCUGCCUAAGUCAACAUAUAGAAAGUGGUAUUUAAAAAAAUAAUCAUAAUAAUAAUUAGGACUCCAUGCUAUUCUAUGAGCUUAUUUACCACUGACGUCAAGGUUUACUUAAACUGGUUUGCUAUUGAACUACGUCCUUCGAAUACCCCCUAGAAACUGUUGGGUGCAGUUAUUACUCUGUCCCAAUGUGCGCUGACAGGCUAGUCUUAUGUUUGUGCGGCAAGCUUAUCUUGGACAGGUUGGAAAGCUUGGACAGCUCACUAAAUAGACAAGCCGUUGACAGGUUGCCAUGAGAAUCUGCUUGGCAUUGGAAAGUCAAGAACUGGAACAAAGCACAGCUGAUCCUAAAGAAUACAUCUACAAAAAAGUCAGGUUUCUCUUUAUAAGCACUGAUGUCUAAACUUCUUUAUUUUGUGACCGGUAGCAUAAGCUACUUCUUUCAAUUUUUGCUGAUGAUGAUUCAGAGAUUGACUUUGACCAAAAAAAAUGUAUCUAAUGUGAACUGUUUACAUUUGUGUUGGUGAUAAAUAACAAAGUUUUUUUUUCUGGCAUUGCAUUUUAAAUGAGGUUGAGAAAAUGGUGUCAAGUAAUCAAGAUAUUUUGUUGCAACAACAACUGCCUUUUGUUUUGAUGGUCAGCGACAGUGUUAAUGUUGGCCUCCCCUCUGUCAAUUGGCGUGACAAAUUUUAUUUAUUGUUUUGUACCAGAAAUAAAGAAUUUGGAAUCCCCUCA